UUGAUCACAAAUGCAGUUUUCUAGAGAUUAUUGGCUCUUUUUCCUCAUUCUUGGAUGUGAAUGCCCAGUGCUGCCUGAGAAAUCCUAGCCCAGUGAAGUAAUGUGAUUGGUCCACAUUUUCACUGCCGCCUGCCUGGUGAAUGGACUCUUCCAGAGUGAUUGUUAUUUCAAUCUCAUGUUGAUCUUCUGAGUAGUUUAUUAGGAGAGGUUUUACAUUUUGGGGGCACUAGUGAGAGAGUGUACCUCUUCAGACGUGAUACCAAAGUGUUUGGAUAUAGUGUUUUUUAUAAGCAAAGAUUUGAAAAAAGCAGAUCUGCUAGUGUCUAUUUAAUUUUUUUUACCUUGGACCAAGUUAAGUUACUCAAGUAACUUAGGAAGAAGGCUGUUAAUUAUAACUUCACAACUAAUGACAAGAUACAUUCAUCAACACCACGCAGAGGGGAAAAUACUCAACAGGAGAACAAUUUUGAUUAACAUAUUUUUCAGCUUUUAGUGCCAAAACUCAUUAGGGAAUUGUUACCCCCAUUCCCUCAUGGAAAAAACAUCUUUGCUGGAGUGAUGGGAUCUUUCUAACACAGUGUGCUGAAUGCUUGGAUUUUUUUUACCAGACAGUUUGCCAGAUGAGUAUUUUUAAGAGCAAGGACUUGGAUUCAGACAGUAUGGAAGAGACAGGCUACCACUGCUGCAGUACCUCAUGUAGGGACAGGGCAAGGGUAAUGGCAACCCCUAUAAGUCUCCUCUGGACAUUACUGUCUAUGCUAGUGGCAGCAUCUUGUGCUUUCAGUUUCAUGCAACCCUACUGGAUUAUUGACUUUGAGCAAUGGAACAGUUUUGGAAUUUACAGUUUUUGUUAUCAAGAAAACCACAGCCCUGACAGGACAGUUCAUCAUCACCACUGCCGGAUAUAUGGUGGACAUUUUGACUUUUCUUUCUUCCCCUCAAGUGCUUGGCAGGCCUCCUGCGUGUUAUUUGGAGGGGGGUGCGCCUUCCUGUGUUUUGCUGCAAUAUUAGCCAUAACUAGCCUGUGUCUCCCUUCUGCCUGUGAUAAAAAAGUGGCCCUCAGCGCUGGGUACAUGCAGCUUGUUGCAGUUCUCAUCAUGAUCGCAGGACUGAUAGUUUAUCCAUUUGGGCUGGAUUCCCGACUGGUCAGCUACUACUGUGGUAAAACGGGAAUUUUCAAUUCUGGGGACUGUCACUUUGGUUGGGCCUACAUGUUGGGAAUUGUAGGCACAGCUCUAGCCAUGUUCUGUCCAUUCCUAGCUCAGUACACAGACACUAAAGCCUACGGGCCCGUCUGUGGCAUGGAGUCCUAUAAACCAUACAUGCCAGAGUACUCAGAAUCCAAUGUAUUUAGACCUGUGGAGACGGAAAUGAAAGUACUGCAUUAUCACAGAGAGGAAGCUUUUCUAUAGCAGUGAUCCAAGACUCAUUUUGUUACAGUGCGUGGUUAGAAGCAAUCGUGGCCCUGUUACCUUGAAUUCUCUUAUUGAGAAAUACCAAACCAGAACUGACAUCAAGAAAAUGUCUUGUGUGAGACAUUGAAUGCUUAAUCAUUAAAAGUUUUUAAGGAAUUUGUUUGUGAAAAAGAGACCACAGCUGUUAUGUCAUAUUUUAUAUAAUAAAAUCUGUAUGUAGUUUA